AAGAAAUUAUCAGCCCUUCGAUCUCAAUCUUUUCUGCCUUCCAUAAUCUUCACGCACUCUCUCUCUCUAAAAUUCUUCACUGGAACCGAAGCUAGAGAGAGAAAAUGGCUCAAGCACUGGCAACACCUCUUGCUCCCUCACUCUCUCUCAUCUGCAAUACCACAACAUACUCUAAUUCUCUCUCUAACUCACUUUCUUUCCCCACUUCAACCCCUCCCAAGUAUCGUGGUUUGAGCAUCAAAUCCGUGCGUGUUGGAGGAGUGGAGAUUCCGAACAACAAGCGAGUGGAGUUUUCUCUACAGUACAUCCAUGGAAUCGGCCGCACCAGAGCUCGCCAAAUCCUCUGUGACCUACCAAUGGAGAACAAGAUAAUGAAGGAUUUAUCUGAAGAAGAACUUAUCUCUCUCCGUGAUGAAGUCUCCAAGUACACGAUUGAAGGAGACCUGAGGCGAUUCAAUGCACUUAAUAUUAGGAGAUUGAAAGAGAUUCAGUGUUACAGAGGAGUAAGGCAUAUUCAGGGGUUGCCUUGCAGAGGACAGAGGACGAAGAACAAUUGCCGGACUUUGAAGGGAAAGAGGGUCUCCAUUGCCGGGAAGAAGAAAGCGCCUCGCUAACCGAAAUGGGUUUGUUUUCUUGUCUGUAAUUGUUUGAAAGUGAUCAUAUGGAUAUUUUGUAUGAACCAUUUUGCAUUGAAUUUGAUCAAGUUCAAUUUGUGUUCUUUGAA